GGCAACUGGCCCCUGCGACGCUGCGUUUUUUGCGAAGUGGCAUGUCACGGCGCCAGACGGUGGUCGCGUUAUCCCCCCCCCCCCAAAAAAAAAAAGUGCCGCUGCCGCAGGAAAAAAGAAGUAGCAUCCAGCACGCACCGCCGCCGAGGCAAGGCCUUCCAGCUGCAGCCCCGACCCCACAAGGAGCACGCCCCGCGGGAAUCGAGGAACGAGAAUUUGCCAAAGCAGCCAAUCGGCCCCAAGAUUCCCAGGCCGGGUUUUUGCGGGAAUAGCGUGCAUUACAACGGUGACCGGCAGCGUGAUGCAAGGGCGCACACCGCCGGGGGCAGGGCAGCCGCACUGCACGGGGGCGGGCUCGCCACUCCGCCCAAUGCCCCCAUGACGGCGCAGCCAAAUGAACCCCCGCCACCGCACCGCAUCGUGCGGCCCCACCACGCGCCCACGACGAAGUUUGCUCCUCCCCGCAGAAGGGAGGGUGUAUGUGUGUGA